AUGACCGGCUGCGCACAAAGACACAUUUUACAACACGAACGGGCACUGGUUAUCACUAUUGGGACAAUGGCGGUAUUGUCUGUGAUAGGCGGACCUAGAAAUCUAACUGGAGCCGCGGAUAUAUUGAGAACGCAGACCGACAAUACAGCGAGUGAAA